AUUCGGCUCGAGACACACCAGUCUAACGUCGUGUUCCACCCAGAAUGCACGCGUCGGUGGUCUGCAAGUGAAUUUAUUACGAAAAAUAUUUAUUUAACAUUGAAUUUAACUGAAUGGUACAGUGGAUAUGUUGUUGUUGUACCGUUGAGAGUGAAAAUCGUUGAAUUGUGCCACAGCUGAUGUUGUUACGAUCCACAUAACGGAGAGGAGAACGAAGACACGAAAUACGAUUGCAUUAUCCAUGGAGCGAAAAAUAUACGGAUCUAUAAUGUUGAAAAACAACAAGAAGCUGAAAAAAGCCGUCAGUGAGUGAAAGAACCGCGUGACGAAGAAAUUAAUCUAUUUCGGGGCGUGAAGAGGAGUGAAAUCAAAUUACGUUCCCAGCCCCACCUAUGGAGUUGCCCUUGUUCACUGACGGAUGCACCAGUAUCUUAUAAAAAAAUUCACUCGCGCUUUUUUCGUUUUUUCCUUUCGUACCCACAGUGAGUCGACAAGACGCCGGCGUCGUGUCGUCGAGUGAAUCGUGAUAAGUACCCUCGACACGUCGCGGUCGAGUCUACCGUGUGUCCUCACCCUCACCCCAGCAGCGCCAACAAAAAUUGGUCGUCUCACAGCCUAAAAAAAAAACAAGAAAGAAAACAUUUUGACAGAGUUUUGCCACAAUUUUUACCCAUCCAGAUGGCCCCCACUAUUUUUAUCUCUUGAAUCCGCUCCUCGGAUUUUUAUUUCUCACAUACAUCCAUCUUCAAUCCCCGGAAAUCCUCGAGGCACCACCCAAAGAAUUCUGGCUGUCCUUCUCUUGCCAGGAGUUUCAGUGAACACAAAAUCUUGGUGAACUCAGCGAAAAGGAACCACUGCCGGGAGGAUAACAAGAUGUGAAUCGUCUGCAUCUGUGAAAAAAGCAUAAAAACCACCGAUGAAGUCUCCAGGGAACAGUGACAACUAAGGGGUUGACCACGGACUUAACCAUUCCCCGAAAUGGUGUGAAUAUUCGAAGCCAAAGCUCACUAAUAAUUUAGUCUUGUGUCAUCACAAGUUGGAUCUGACAGUGAAAAAAAAAUAUAUUGUAAAAAAUGUAUAAACUACUGCGUCGCGGCUCGGGUCGUACAUUUCUACUAUGUGCACUACUGCUGUCGUUACUACUUUGCCUGUAUUAUGUCAGCCAAACACAAGCCCCCUCGUCGGGUCAAGCCCCAGCCCUUCUAGCCGCUCCCGUGGGCGUAAGAUACGAGAGACCUACGACACUUGUGCCAGAUUAUAGUGAGGCACCUGAUGCUCGUGUCUCCCUGGCCACCUGUCCAUUACUGCGACCCAGACGGGCGGAUAUCGAGGCUCAGGAGGAAUUUGAUAAAUUCGACUUCCAGCCGUCUUGGAUGAGAAGCCGGGAGUACUGGGACGACAGCUUUGAAGCUAGGUACACCGAACUGCGAAAGGAUUCCAAAAGGCCUCCCCUCAAGGUGAUCCUGAUGCCGCACAGCCAUACAGACCCUGGUUGGUUGAAGACCUUUGAGCAGUACUUCCACAGCUCGACCCGUUCCAUCCUCAAUAACAUGGUGACGAAGCUCCAACAGUGGCCGAAUAUGACGUUCAUCUGGAGUGAAGUCUCCUUCCUGUCGCUCUGGUGGGAAAGUGCCCAUCCAACCAAGAAGGCUGUGGUGAAACGUUUGGUGAAGGAGGGACGCCUGGAGAUGACCACUGGCGGUUGGGUGAUGACAGAUGAGGCCACCUCCCACAUUUACGCCAUGCUCGAUCAGCUUAUUGAAGGUCACCAAUGGCUGAAAUCGAAUUUAGGCGUUAUCCCCGAGUCCGGUUGGUCAGUCGAUCCCUUUGGCCAUGGAUCCACUGUUCCCCAUCUCCUGAAAGCCUCCGGAAUAAGCGGGACAAUAAUCCAACGGAUCCACUACGCCUGGAAGCAGUGGUUCGCCAAGAAGCAAUACGGUGACUUCGUCUGGCUACAGCCAUGGGACCAAAUUGGUGCCUACGACAUCCUGACCCACAACCAGCCCUUCGACAUCUACAACAUCAAGCAUUCCUGUGGCCCGCACCCCCACGUCUGUUUGAACUUCGAUUUCCGGAAGAUUCGAGGCGAAUACACGGAGUACUCAGUGCGAGCAGUUGACAUCACUCCCAACAACGUCAAACAGAUGUCAGAAUUGCUGCUGGAGCAAUACUCUAGAACAGGUUCACUCUUUCCCCACAAUGUUGUCCUGAUUCCCCUCGGUGACGACUUCAGAUACGACCAACAGAUCGAGUGGGAUCAACAAUACACCAACUACAAAAUUCUGGUGGACUACAUCAACAGCAGAAAGGAAGAGUACAACGCUGAGAUAAUUUUUGGAACUCCGAAGGACUAUUUCCACGAGAUUCAGAAACGAACGGAAAAAUUUCCCACGUUGGGAGGGGACUUUUUCGUCUACUCCGACAUCUUCAGCGAGGGAAGACCCGCCUACUGGAGUGGCUAUUUUACAACUCGUCCUUACAUGAAGAUCCUCGACCGAGAACUCGAAGCAAAUCUACGAUCCGCUGAGAUUCUCUACUCCAUUGCUCUGAACGUGGCUCGUCAGAGUGGCCAUGACAUCAAACUCUACGAGACGUACUUUGAGAAACUAGUAAAGGCUAGAAGGAACCUUGGACUCUUUCAGCAUCACGAUGCCAUCACGGGAACAUCUAAAUCCUUCGUCAUGAAAGAUUACGCCCUGAAAAUGUUCGAGUCUAUUUCCGACAUGACAAGUCUCCAAAGUUUCGCUAUACAAUCCUUAUCGGCGAUAAAAGUAAAAACAAAUUCCAUCUACGUUCUACCGGAGUCUGACCGGGACAGCUAUGAGAAAUUACCAAAAAAGAUUCCAAUAACCAUCAAUGGUCGUGAGUCACGGAGUGUCGUAUUAUUCAACUCAUUAGCACAACCUCGACAGGAAAUAGUGAGUUUGCGAGUUAAUUCUCACAGAGUUCGAGUGCUGGAUCCCAAGGGUACCCCAGUACCUUAUCAAAUAGCACCUGUUAUGAAUGCAACAAGUAUAACUCACGACACCUACGUUCUUCUCUUCGUGGCUGACCUAAAACCCUUGACCAUAGCAACUUAUCAAAUUGAACACAGUGACAAGGUCCCAAUGGAGUCAAUUUCCACAGUCUACUGCAAUAGAUGCGGAAAAGACAGUGUAUUUCCAAUAAAACCAAUGCAAUCCAGUGAUAUACAGCUGGAGAAUCACCGCAUGAAGCUCCUUUUUGAUGGACAAACAGGAUUUUUGAAGAGAGUCACGAAAAAGUCCACUGGCAAAGUCAUGCAAUGCGCUAUUCAGUUCGCUGCAUAUGCUUCAGCACAGUUUCAUUCUGGUGCAUAUCUCUUCAUGCCUGAUCCAAAUCUCAGGGAUCAGGAUAAGGAUAUCUUGGAGGCUUAUACACCACACCAGAAGAUCUACAUUGUGUCAGGGAGUUUGAGUUCCAGAUUGACAGCUGAGUAUGGUAAGCUAUUAGCUCACCAUGUCUCCAUCUUCCACCAUGAUGGUCCACUGGCAGAUGCCAUCUACCUCAGGAACGUCGUGGAUUUCGAAACACCUCCCAAGAACAGGGAGACGGAAAUGUUCAUGAGAAUACAGACUGAUAUUUUGAAUGGAGAUCCACCUGAAUUUUAUACUGAUCUGAAUGGACAUCAGAUGAUCAAACGAAGGAAAAUCGAGAGAAUUGGAAUCGAGGGGAAUUAUUAUCCUAUCACUGCCAUGACUUACAUCGAAGAUAGUGCACACAGGCUGACACUGGUGGUCAAUCAUGCGCAGGGGGCGGCAAGCUAUCAGCCCGGUUGGCUGGAGGUCAUGUUGGAUAGACGAACUCUUUACGAUGAUUCACGAGGAAUGGGUGAAGGACUGCUUGAUAAUAGAAAGACUGUUAUCAAGCAUUGGAUGCUACUGGAGGACAUCAAUGGGGAGAAGGACCAAUACUCCAAGCCUUCUCUGUUCGCUAAUCACAUCAGCAAUGCACUCAAUUAUCCCAUCAAUAUGUUCAUUGUUGAUGGCAAUGAAAGUGAUAUUAAGAUGAAAUCUGAAGUGAAGCUGUUGAGUCAGAGCUUUCCAUGUGAUCUCCAUCUGCUUAAUUUGAGGACCAAUCAUGAUCAGAAACUGCCACAUUUUCCAGUCAGCAGUGCUUUAAUGGUCUUACACAGACAGGGAUACAGUUGCGUUGUUGGCGCCGACGUAGCGUUGAAACAUUGUCCACUGAGUGAUAAAUUGAGUUCGGGGACUGGAUUUUAUAAGUUGGGGAGUGUCAAUGUUACGAGGACUACUGUAACUGGAACGAGAAGCAAAAAAUAUCUUGAGGAUGGGUUUAUGGGAAUUAAUCCUAUGCCCAUGGAGAUCGAGACUUAUAAUGUGCAAUUCUCACAGUGAUAUUCCAAGGGGGGUUGGGGACUUCAUUUUUAGGGGGAGCUGGUGUCACUGAAUAUUUUUUAUUAUUGGGGAGGUAAGGGACAAAUGGGAGACGAGUGUUGAUGUAGCUUGCUCUGGAAAUAUCUUGAGAGUUCAAGAGAAUUUGGGAAAAUCUCUGUUUGUGAUUGUUUCUGAUUACCUCUAUGAUACACUGAUAGAAGAAUUCAAUCGAUGUUAACGAGGUUCGCUAAUUGUUACUGAAAGGCGUUGGUGAAUUAGAACAACUUGAUAUUCAUGGCGUGUUCAGUCGAGGGAACCACUCGGUAAGUGUUAUUGAAUGGGUUAGUUGCCGUAAAAAAUGAGUUGGUCUUUAAUGAUUAAUGUGGAGUACAUAAUGAAUUUUGGGGUAAGAGGAAGUUUUCAACUUUCAAUGAGUAUACAAUGACCAGAGAACAAAGGACAAUGAUUUUGGGAUGAAGUGACUUUUUUAGAGAUUUGACACGAUGAUUCUAAUGGAUUGGAAUUUUUCUCCUUUUUCGUACUUAAUCAGUGCAGAAAUGAUUGAAUGAUUAAAAAUUAAUGAUAAAUUCAGUAUUCUUUAUUCUUAACCUGUCUGUUCGUCCAAGGAAAUUUAUUUUAUUGGAUUAACAAGAUUGGUAGGGAAUUAAAACGAAUAUGUAGAUCAUUCAGACGAACUAGAAAAAGAGAUUCAUUCGGUAAUAUCAACGGAAUUCUUCUAGUAGUGUCCCUUGAUAAAUUUUAUUGGAGUUCACUGUUUCGGAAGUACUUGCAGAAUACUAUAUGAGAAAAACCCGAAGUUACCAUUUUAUCCCUCCUCAAUUUGGUCAUCCUGAGAGAAUAAGCGGUAACACGAAUGGAAAAGAGUUCUGAAGAUAAUCGGAAAGGGGUAAUCACAUUGUUGGGAUUUAGUAGAAAAAUUUAUUAGAAAUGCACUUUGGGUUUUGGGUUUGAGCUGGAAGUUUUUAGAGAAACUUAUUUGAUUUAAUUAGGAAAUUCUUUAUAGUUAAGGAUCCGGUUUUUGUUACUUUUGUGUGUGCAUAGAGAAUCAUCUUCGAUAAAUGGUAGAUAAACAAUGAACACAAAUUAAGUAAUGAAAUGAUGAGAGGAGGUUACACAAAGAAAAAAAAAUGCCAAGAAUAUGAUAUUGCUAAUGUCCUUUUGAUAUUCUUAGCCGGAAAAAAUAUCUCCUGUGCGAAAUUUUCUUUUUAAAGAUUAUUGAGCAAAUGGCAUUGAAGGAGAGGAAUCGCAUUCAACAAACAUUAUUACCGUUCUUAAUGAUUCACAAUUAAUUCACCUGAAAAACUUGAAUUCGGCAAAUGUGGAAGAUGAUAACGGGAUCUCCAUCAAGGUCAUGUACAACCUAAUAAUCAAUAAUAAUCAAGUAAUAAGCUUGAAAAAUAUAUUUUCUUCUGAUAAGAAUAUCAAUUCUUGGUUGAAAUAUAUUUUUUCCUCAGUGUAGUUGAUAACAGAUUUCAUACAUUGAUUUCAUACAUUUUGUUAAAACUGAACUGUUUUCAACUUUUUCAUCGAAUUUUUAAUGAAGGAUGGAGAAUAAUUGAUAAGAAAUAUAUUAACUAUUGAAUCAUGGAGUUGAGGUGAACAAAAUGUUGAUACUGUUCUUCCAAUUUUUCGGUGCGAGUGGAAGGUAAUUUUUUAAAGUGCAUUUUCAAGAUUUAAAAAUCAUUUGUACAUACUAGAUUUAAGUAUAACAAUACAGGUGACAUCGUGAGUGACAUUGUAAUGAAUAUCGUGCAAAGGUCUGAGUGUGAUUAUCUCCAUUGAUUUAUUAAUUUGUAGCAAAUAAUGAGAGUGAAACGUCUGUGCAAUUUCAUUGAAUUUUAAUUAUGUAUGGAUUGGUUUAGAACAUUUUUAUUGUAAUUUUAAUUGAAGUAUAAAUAAUACCUAUUUGGGAGAAAUUUCGUGAAUCUCCCUCACAAAAUAAAACACUAACAGCUUGAAAUAUUCCGACAAAAUGCAAUCUGCAUACCUUGACACGAAUAGAUAUUAAAAAAACAUGGGAUUUAUUGAAUGGGGUAACACACGAUAUUUCGGAGCUGUGAAAAUAAUUCACGAGCCAAUAGUGUGGUGUCAGUAUUUUUCUAUUUCUCUCUGAUCAAUUUCUACAACGCAGCGCAACAUCUGUAUUCUCCACUUAGUUUGUAUUAGUUUUGUAUUUCUAUUCUCUUCAGUUAUUAUUUUUUUUUUAGUUUAUGAAGUCCAAUUUCUGGAGAUAUUGAAUUUUCUCACGGUGUGCGCCGAGAUAUUAGGGAAACAGUCGUUGUAAGGAUAGUGUACCAUACCUACGUGUUUGUGCUGUCUUUAGGUGAAAAAAAAUUAAAUAAAGAAAAAUUAAAUAACGGAACAAGAAAUGAGGUAAAUUGAGCUGUAUGGGAGAUUGAAAAAAAUCAGAGAUAUAUAAAUAGUUAUAAAUAUGAUAAAUAUUAUUAUGUAUAACUGAAGAGAAUGAGAUAAAUAUAUAUAUAAUAUAUAUUUGUAACUGGUCUCGAGUGAUCUCCGCUCCUGGAAAAAAAAUUUAAUAAACCGACGAUUAAAUUAUGCGGAGGGACGCUCUGAUGGUUAUCCGAAGGGCGGAUGAUCUAGUAUGAUUAUUAUUAUGUAACAUCCAAUAUUUAUUGAAUAAAGAUAAGAAGUCGUAUUUUUAAA